CCGAGCGUUUUGAUUGGUUGAUAAGAUUCAAAGCCAUAUAUGUUCAUGGCUGUGAUUGGCCUUCGGAGGGAACCCCAUGAGUCAGGUGGUGGGCGUAUGUGUGUGUGUACUGUAUGGCAUAAUUUAUAGCAUGUCCGUUUUAACUCGUUUCAGCCAUUUUGUCUUGUAAAAGCAAUACAAACACUCAAAUUUACAUUAUUUACUGCUGAAAUGUUAUGACUUUGCCUAAAGCGACUCAGAAUAUAUAUGGAAAUAUUUCAAGGCAGAGGCAGCAGUACCACAGCUGUUCUUUUUGUUUUCCUAGGACGGCGAAGUCAUAACCCGCCCUACUCUGCCUCUAAUUGGCUUACCCUGAUAUUCGUAGUCAAACUAACCAAUCUCAGUCCUCAUGAUUAAACCCACCAACCAAUCAGAGGUAGAAUAUGGCUGUUUUUUUCACCAUCCUAGGACAAAAAUGGUGUCCGCCGCCGGGUAUAUCCAGCUGCAGCCGCAACACGACACACCCACUGUACUACACGACACACCUAUUGCAUAGGUUUAAACCAUUGGUGUAGACAUAUAGAGGGGGCUGGUUAGGUUUAAGGUGAGGGGUCAGGGGGUGUGUCGUGUAGUAAAGGGUGAGUGUGCAACACAGCAGCUAGAAGCAUCUCUCCACCGCCGUGAUGGACGCCCUAAUCUCCAGGCUCUUCUCCUCGGAGGAAGAGGAACUGUACAUUUUGGACUGUUUGGCUUAUUUUAUGGUUUUUAUGGCAGCAUGCACUUUCGUGACUCUGCUUUUCGAGAAUGUCCCCUACGGCCGGUAUGCCACCAGCAAAUACGGAUUUCCAGUAAAUGUCAGGUUUGCCUGGUUCGUGCAGGAGCUGCCUGCUUUCCUGCUGCCUCUGUGUCUGGUGGUGUGGACAUCAGCUGCAAAAACCUCACUUCUGCCCAAUCAGCUGAUCAUAGCCAUGUAUUUCUGCCACUAUGUUCAGAGAUCCCUUAUUUAUCCGUUUUUAAUUCGAGGAGGUAAGCCAACCCCAUUCGCCUCAUUCGCCCUGGCCUUUGUUUUCUGCAUCUAUAACGGUUACAUGCAGAUCAGGUACCUGAGCCAUUAUGCCCAUUACCCUGCAGAUUGGGUUACGCAUCCGUGCUUCAUCGCAGGGUCUGCACUGUGGUUUGUUGGCUGGCUGGUGAAUGUGCACUCUGACCACAUCCUGAGAAACUUAAGAAAGCCCGGAGAGACCGGUUACAAGAUUCCCACAGGCGGAAUGUUUGAAUAUGUGUCUGGAGCCAACUUCUUAGGAGAGAUAACAGAGUGGGCUGGCUUCGCUCUCGCCGGCCACUCUGUUCACAGUUCAGCCUUCGCCCUCUUCACCACAGUGGUCCUCGCCAGCAGGGCUGUGGCCCACCACAAAUGGUACCUUGCUAAGUUUGAGGACUACCCGAAAAGCAGGAAGGCGUUGAUUCCUUUCCUCCUCUAGAAAACACUACAGGCACUGAAAGCUUUACAAAAAAGAUUGAAACACAGGUCUCAGGCUUGUUAAAUGAUCUCAUCUGAGCUGGGAGCAAGCAGCAGUUGAAAGCCAUCAUCUUAAAAAGAUUUUUAUUGUUGCCAUUACUUUGGUAAUAAUGUCCAUAAAGCACUGAGGAACCUCAACAAUGAACUGAAUGUGCUGGAAGUGUUGUGCCUGCAGGAGAGGCAACAUUUAGCGCUCCUCCAGAGGAAAUAAGAUAGUGAAUGGAGCAUACCUCAACAGUAAUACACUGGAUUUAUAACACUCUGUGCAAGCAAUAAAUAGCUCUCUCUCUCGUUUUAAGACUCUCCGCUGAUCUGCAUAUUCUUCCAGAUGGAACACGAAGCUGGAAAUGCAAAGCGGACAUUUCUCGUUUUCACUCAUCCUCAAGAGUCAUCUGUUGCAAAUCUAUCUUUUUAACAUCCAUUUGAAUGAAAAUGGAUGAGUAAGGGACCUUAAAUUAAACUCAACUCAUUUUCCUGCCUCUGGAUGACUUUUCUAUGGACCGCCUCAACCCCCCUUUCUCCUGAAGGAGAGGCCAAAAUGUAACCGCAUCUCUGUCCUGUAAAGACUGAGACUGUAGCAGGCCUGUCCCCGGACACUGGGCUGCAGGGAAAUCAAAUGGAGAUCAAGCAUAGCUCUCAAUAACUCAACCAUGCCUGAAAUGAGAAGAAUUGAACGUUGCCCCAACACAUCAUUCCAGUCAAAGUUUUCGGGGACAGUCGUGGAGGUAUUAAGAGACCGAGAAUGAAGAAGAAACCAGGAAAAUAGAAAGGAAAUGCAGCUAUGAAUCCUCUCCGUCUCUUUUAGUAUGGUAUUGUUUUACAGUACAUUGAAUACAAGCCACAUCUUUACUUUUCAGCAGUCAUGUCAUACUAAUAAUUUGCCUUGUACUGCCAUUUUUAAAAAUCCAGAUUGGAAACAAGUUAAAUUUUCUCAUCGCUUUGGUAAAAUCUUUCACUACAUAAACUCAUGUGCUAGAGUAAAUGACAUAUUGUCGCCUAUUAAGCUCAACAUUUCACAGCAAAUUGUAGAUCAAUGUUUAUACUGAAGCUUUAGUUUCCAAAUUGUGCCUUUGCCCAGAGGUUCCAGCUGCAGCUCCUUCCCAUAACUCUUCAUCAGAUCCCUCUUUUCACACUGCAGGACAUCUUCCAACAACAGUCACAGCCAAGGUCAUGUCAUUAUGAAUUUUAAAAAUGGGUUGUAUGUAAAAUAAAUUCAUUUUGUCAUCAUUUUUA